AUGAAAAAAUCCAGCGGGACCAAGGCGCGAAAGGUGACGCCGCCGUCGCCGACCUACAUGUCCAACGAGCAAUUUGCCAAGUAUCUCUCCGACCUGCGUUCCAACCGCACGACACGACCUGGUGGAGCAAGGCCUCUGCCACCAUCCGGGGAGCGGUCGACAGCCUCACGCACGAGCCUCGGACGACACAGCAUGGACCCGCCGCCUCCGUCCCAACUUGCAGGCCAGACAAGUCAGUCGAGCCAGCGGCGGAUACCAUCGCAAGCCCCGAGUGUUGGCGCGGCCAGUGUCGCCUCUCGGUACUCCAUGUCAAGCUCCGGUGGGCGAGACUACUACCCAACCAGUCCCGUUGUGCCUGUGAAACCAUCUGAAGCAGUCCCAACAGCAACUUACAUGGAGCGCGGCCAAAGAUGGAUGGAAAAAGAAGAGGCCUUCUCUUUGCGCGAGGCCAUAGAAACAAUGGACAUCCGGGAUGGCUCCAAAGACCCCGUCGACGACGAUAGCCGCAUCUAUGAUGCCGCUCUGAACGAAGCCGCAGAACUGGUCUGGCAGCACCAACAUGGAUACCGGCAACCCCAGCCAGACGGGCCAUAUCGCUACAAACCUCAUCUUAGAAAGAACAGCUAUGCCCAUGCCCGAACCGCAAGCGUCGGCCGAUAUGGUGAUGACAUUGCCCCUAGCGGUCUAGGUCGUGAUCAUGGCCCCCGCUCCGUGUCUGGUAGUUCUGCAGACAGCUCUGGAUCUGUACCUGGUAAUCGAGCAUCGUCAGAUUCCGCCCGUCCUGCUGCGACUUUUACGAGGCCAACCAAGCCGUACGGUAGCGUCGGCGCUGGCUUCCGCCGCCGCAGUAGUCUCAAGAGGAAUAUCAGCGGGGAUGUGGAGCGUCCAUUCUCAGGCGAUCAAAUCUGGGAAGAACCAGAAGGCUCCGUGAAAAGGGGACUGGUUUCUUCUUCUGGGGGCCGCGCGUCGCCAGACAAGCUUAGCAGUAUCCCCCAGAAUCCUCUCAACAGAUCGUCGAUGAACCAAGCUUCGAGCAGUGGAAUGCCGUUGACCAAGCCUCUUAAUACCGUCGAGAUCCAUCGCAAUCCUCCAUCUCAGUCGCGGAACGCAUUUUACACCACCAACUCUCAACGGUCUAAAGUUGAGCCGGAGCCCAUGGCGGAGCGCAAGAACGGGGUAGAGAUUCGCAGUGACGAUAUUCGUGCUGCCACAGGCUUCAGGUUGAAAGACCGUAGCGCAAAGCUGCCAGAACCGACCGCCGUUAGCGACAGUCCUGGACGGCCGAUUGUAAGCUUUGAUACUAAUUGGCAACCGCCUGAGGCGUCCGCUGAUGUCAGCCCAGACCGGCAACCCAAAAGCUCGCCGCUCAACAUCAAGGUCAAGCCGCAGCAGAAGCCGUCCGAAUCUAUGGCAAUCCCUAUCAUCAAUGUUGCGGAAGUCGACCCGCCGAGGCCACUGCCAACGCCAUCUGCGAAUAUUCCAUCGAUCUCAGUAGCCGGGUGCGAUGACGCCCCGAGGAAGAAGGAUGCUGCUCCGACAAAUACACCCACGAUUGCCGUUGAAGAUAUCUCGGCGACCGAGAACGUGCCUUCCAUCGUGACAUCAGGUGCAAAACAGACAGGCCGCUCACGGCCCCUGCCUGCUCCAACACCAUCCCAACCUAAGGCACGCAAAGGUCAGAUGCCUCGCGGCCACUGGUCUCCCGCUAUUGGCAGUAUCGGAAGGCCAACCACAACGUGCCAUGAAUGCGGCUUCCCCAUUGAGGGAAGAUUUGUGGCACUGAGCGGCUCCCAAGAGCGCUUCCACCCUCAAUGUUUCAGCUGUUUUGCUUGUGGGACCAGCCUGGAGGCCAUGGAGAUCAGCCCUGAGCCAGAGUCGCAGCGAAAAGCACGCCUCGAGCGCAUUCGCCGUCGCCAGGCAGGAGAAAUACUGGAUGAGGUGGCGGGCAUGACGAUGGAAGAAGAUGGAGAUGAACGACUCCGCUUCUAUUGCCACCUAGAUUGGCAUGAACUGUUCGCGCCGCGCUGUAAGCACUGCCAGACGCCGAUUCUUGAUGAGCAUAUUGUUGCCCUCGGUGAGCACUGGCACUACGGCCAUUUCUUCUGUGCAGAGUGCGGUGAUCCCUUUGAGCAUGGCAUGACUCACAUCGAGAAGGAUGGCUACGCGUGGUGCAUCAAGUGUCAGACCAAGCGAACAGAACUAAGGGCGCCAAAAUGUAAGAUGUGCAAGACGGCAGUGAUUGGUCAGUACAUUCAAGCGCUCGGCGGCGAGUGGCACGAGCACUGCUUCCGUUGUGCUCAAUGCGAAGGGGGGUUUGUAGAUGGUCAGAUUUUCACCAAGGAAGUCAAAGGGGUCAUGGUUGUGCUUUGUACGGACUGCCGGACGCGUGAGCUCAAGGCAUGA